AACAGACAGAAAGCUAUAUUUGUAUUGACACAUUGACAAUCGUCGCAAGCUUGUAAACCGUUAUAAUUCAAAUACUUAUAAUCGACUGUUUUACUCUUGGAAUUAAAGUAAGUUAAUUUUUAAAUACACACCGUAUUACACAGAAGAUAAAAUGGCUCCCAGGGAUAACCAAACUCACAGAGAGCCAACUAAAGGAGUAAAGAUUGCAAAAAAGAAGGAAGUCAAGACCAAUAAAAUUGAGGUGGCUGAGACAAAACCUAAGACAGUACCAGCACCGAAACCAGUCACUCCAAAAUCUUGUAAAAAAGAGAACAAACAAGCAAAUGUGACAGGAAGUGUGACCAAGAGCGCUAAAAAGCCAAUGCGCAAUAGACGUCCAAAGCCAGCACAUUCUGGUGUUCCUGUACCGGAGAAAAUGAGAAAAUGCUUAGCUCAAUUACUGAAUUCCGACUGAAGAAACACACACACACAUAUAUAUAUAUAUAAUUGUGUAACAGUUGAAAAAAUAUUACUAAGAAUGUAUGGUUAAAUUGUAUAAUUUAAGGCUUGUCAAAGACUACUAUAUAUUUAUAUUUCUUUAUUCUAGUAGUAUAUUGUAUCCUUUUAGUUUUGCUUAAACUUUAUUGUAUUACGAGCUGUUAGUCGCGACUGUGUUCGCUUGAAAUAAAAAAAGUAGCCUAUGUAUUCUUCCAGACUAUGUGUGCCAAAUUUCAUAAAAAUCUAUUCAGCCAUUCUGAAGAUACCUUCAAACCAAGAUUCAUCCAUGCAAACAUUUUCAUUUAUAAUAUUAGUAAGAAUAAAAGACACAUUAGCUUUAGUUUUUAGUGCCAUCUGUGUUUAAAUCUAGGAUAUUUAAACUUAUUGACACGUCUAAUAGAAUUCUAGAUUAAAUAGUUCUUAAGCAUCAUUUACUGACUUGCCAUCAUUUUUUUAAAUGUAGUCUACAUUUAAAUAUAUUUUAUCAUUUAAAAAAUAGCUGUGGGUCUUUAACAUUGAAUACAUGUAGACUAUACAUAUCUAAAAGAAAGGUUUCUUUUUUAAUUUUACAGUUGUCUGUAGCUUUUUCACAAUCAUAAUUAUCUUGCCAUGUUUCAAUCUUCAAAUGGGUUCAGCAAAGGGAUAGCGGUUGACAAAGGCAUCGCCAGCCAAUGAUUAAGAGGGUUGGGGGAUGGAAUGUAGCAAAAGUUUUUAUUCCGUUUCUAUUCCGAAGUGAAUUUUUGUCAAUAUGUAGUCCAAUUCUUAUAUCCAUGGAGAUUCUAUGCAUGUUAGUUUACAUUUGUUUUAACUAAUCUACCAUACUUUCGAAGAAUGUUUUGGAAAGUUCAUGCGAUGAUUAGGAUUUGGCAGAAAUGUAUAGACAAGGCUAUCAAGACAGAAAUAACAAACAAAAAUAGUUGUAUAUUUAUAUUACAGAACAAAUUGACAAGUAUAUUUUCAUUGUAUACAUAUAAAUAUUGACAAAACCAAGACAUUUUUUAGUAAUUUAACUUUAGUUUGAUUUAAUUUUAAUGGGCAAUGGAAAAUUUCGAUUAUUCUUGAUUCACAGUUCUAUCAAUAAGUUUUUGUUAUAAUCAUGAUUGAUGAUGAUGACAAUAUUGAUUGGAAAUUUAUGUUUUAUUAU